GUAAAGGAAGAGGAUGGAGAGACCGGUGGGCUUGCUCUUUCCGGCAUAUUGUUCUGGUCGCUACGCUAUUCGACGCGAUACGAUGUACGCAUGAACAGCGCCGUCGCUUUCUCCCACCAUACCGUUCCGAGCAUACGGCGGCCUCGCUUUUCUCCAAGAGCAGCGGAAAACCCAGAACUCGAAAUGAGAGCCGAACUGUUCACGGGUUCUCCGCGUUGAGCUCCCGUCGCGCGUGCGUGAUCCUACGGUCCUCGUCAUGUGACUGGAGGAGAUUCGAGAACUGGGUCGUUUUCCAUUUCCGAUUUCCUGCCGAAAUAUUGGAUCUUUCUUGGCGUUUCCGUUUUAGUCUUCGUUUUGUUCGUAUCUCCAUUCCAUGGAGGACGAGAAAUAUGCCAAGGAAUUGGAUGUGGCCGUGAAAGCGGUCCACAUGGCGUGCUCCCUGUGCCGGGGGGUGCAGCGCGGUUUAGUUUCGAGGGCCGGUGACGCGGUCAAGUCUAAGGAGGACGAUUCCCCGGUUACUGUCGCUGAUUGGGGUGUUCAAGCCACCAUAAGCUGGUUACUAACAGAGGUCUUUGGAAGUCAGAGUGUAUCAAUUGUUGCCGAGGAAGAUGUUCAAGCUCUUUCCAAAAGCGAUUCAGCAGGAUUGCUAGCGGCUGUUGUUGAUGCAGUCAAUGAAUGCUUAGAUAAUGCACCUAAUUUUGGUCUUCACAAACCCGAUAAACACCUCACUACUCAAGAAGUUCUUGAGGCCAUCAAGAGAUGCAACUCGGCUGGGGGUCCAAAGGGAAGGUAUUGGGUGCUUGACCCUGUGGACGGAACUUUGGGGUUUGUGCGUGGAAAUCAGUAUGCUGUAGCUUUAGCUUUGAUUGAGGAUGGGGAAGUCAUCAUUGGAGUGCUAGGGUGUCCAAAUUACCCUAUGAAGAAAGAGUGGCUAAAUUAUCAUCACCAUUACUAUCAAAGCACUUCCGCAGCUACUGAUGAUUCGUGGGAGAAAGGAUGCUUGAUGUAUGCAAGGAGGGGAAGUGGAAAGGCAUGGAUGCAGCCACUACUCCAUGGAGAUGUGAAUAUUGAAUCUCAGUAUGAGGCCAGAUUGAUCCGGGUUUCUUCAGUUGAUGAUCCUGCUCAGGCUACAUUCUGCGAGCCGGUUGAGAAGGCCAAUUCAAACCAAUCGUUCACAGCAGGACUUGCUCACAGUGUUGGAUUCAGAAAGCAACCACUGCGUGUUUACAGCAUGGUCAAAUAUGCAGCAAUAGCCCGGGGAGAUGCUGAGGUUUUUAUGAAAUUUGCAAGAUGUGGAUACAAAGAAAAAAUAUGGGAUCAUGCGGCUGGUGUCGUUAUUGUGCAAGAGGCAGGUGGUGUGGUGACUGAUGCGGGAGGAAAACCCUUGGAUUUCUCCAGGGGAGUCUAUUUAGAAGGACUUGACCGGGGAAUCAUUGUUUGCUGUGGCUCUAUACUUCAUGAAAAAAUUAUUGGUGCUGUUUAUGCUAGUUGGGAUUCCUCAAAUCUGUAGGACCUCAGAAGACGUGUGAUCAGAAUGGCAACCGCUGAACUUCGAUACUGAUGGCGAGUUCAGGAAAAUGAUCCGAUCGGAAGACAUGCUGUGCUGUUACUGCUCACCUGCAUUGCUCAGAUUUUACAUGCUCCAAAGAAAAGCGGGAAUAAAGCUAGUUUAGUGUCUUGAGUUUAUAGGCUUUCGCAAAGCUGUAGCGAUGGUAUAAAAGCAAAGAAUGUUGAUUGGGCAUCUGAUUUUUGUAUAUGUUGCUCAAUAUCGUCAUGAAUGAUAUUUACGAUGGAUUUUCCCCAUCUUUGCGCCUGGCAGUCACAAAAUACAUUUGAAGUCAGUAUUUUUGCUUUCGGUUGAAAAGGUGCAAGGAAUUGAUUCUAAUGGGAUUCAUCUCAACAAGUACCUCGGGACACUAGUUAAUUUUAUUUUAUUUGGGUUAGUUCGACUUUCAAGGCGCUGAUUGUGCAUAACACAAGAAAGAAGAGCGUUGGAAAUUAUGAAGUUUUCUUUCUUGAAUGUUAAACAAAUGCCGUA